AUUAACUCUAAGAACAGAGACGUACAUCUUAUAAAUCAAAUACAUAUAUAAUUUAAAAAUAAAUACCAUAAUUGGUGUAAGGAUAAUAUACUUUUUUAAUAAUCAGUUUGUUUUGUUUGUUUGCGUAUUGCGUCGCGGGUUACAAUCAAGACCGUGUGUAAACCAAUCAAAUUAAAAUAAUUUUUGAAGCGUUUCCGGCGUUUGCAUUUUUAUCAGAAAUAAAUGGCAAGAAGCGAGAUUCAUUUAUAACUACAAUACUUAUCUAUAUUGUCCAAUUUCAAUAUGAUUGCUUGGUGUCAAUAUCAGCUCAAAGCCUAAUGUGUAGAACAGCUUAAUAAAAAAAUAUUGAUUUGUGCACAUAACAUGUAUUGAAUAUUACAAUAUCCCCACCAUCAACGUAUUUUGAGAAAUAAUAAGUAAAGUAGGCAAAGAUUUAAAAAAAGUGAUAUGUAAAUAAAUCGGGAUAAGCAGAAAACAAGAACCGAAUCGCUCUUAUCAAAUAUGUUGGAUAACUCGUACGCACGUUGGCCUCAACGCCCAUUGUUUCCAAUAGAUUUGCCAAAUGAAUCCCUAUCAAUAACGACUACGUUAAGGCAUGCAUUGUCCGGGAAAAGUGUUCUGCUCUGGGUUUCAAGGGCAUUGCGUAUUUUACAUUUAAAUUGGAAAGCCAUUUCAGCUACCUUGGCCGUGACUUUAUUCGCUACUCUUUGGUAUUAUCCUACAUUCUUUUUGUUUUUACUAUUUACGUUCUAUUCGCUUUCAUUAAUAACGGUUGCUGUUUUUUGCACCCUAUAUGUAAAUUAUUUACUCACUACUAAAGAACCGCCUCAACCAAAUCGCGAACCUAUGCUCGUAUUGCAACAAGCCACUCAAAACAGAUUAUUUGAUUAUCCCAAUCCUAUAAAGAAUCCUUCAAAUCUACCACUAAUCUUUUGUAAAACAGUUGAUCUGCAACUACAGCAAAUUAUUGAAUAUAUACUUAGAGACUUUAUGACACCAUGGCUGAGACAUGUAGUCCGUAAACCUAAGCUAAUUAAUAACAUUCUACGGGAAGAUUUGUGGAAUGCUUUGCAAAAAGUACAUGAAAGAGCUAAAAAAAUGGAUGCCUCCAAAAUAAUAGCUGUUGAUAUGGUAAACAGAGUAACAGUGCAUUUAGAAAAAAUACGUAUAGCUGAUUCAAGAGCAGCUGAGACCUCUAGUCCACCGGUAUUUUCUACAAAUUCUUAUUUGGUUAACGAUGAUAAAGAAAUAGAAUUUUUAUGUAAAUUAUGUGAAAUAAUUGUAAUUGUUUUACUGCCUCGCGGUUAUUCGUUACCGCCUUUAAAAGUACUGCUUUGUGAAAUCCUCUCCUACAAAAUUUUAUUUCCCUUAAUCAAAACUCUCACUUCACCAGAUUAUAUAAAUCAAAAAAUAGUGCAGAAUAUCGAAAGUCGUUUGGCAGCAGCUGCAAUCAGCAAACGUAGUUAUGAGUACGCAGCGAGUUUUGAAGAAUUUUUAAAAAUCAUUAACAAUUCAGGAAACCUCGAAGAAUUAUCUUUAAUACGUAAAACCAUUGUAAACGAUUUGCUUCAUGCUACGACGAUGCAAAAUUUGCAACGUUCCAAAGGUAUUGAUCCAGAUAAUGAUCGUGAUCAUAAUCUGUCGAAGUCGGAUAUUUCAGCGGCUAUCAGACUUAAACGUUAUGUUCAGCAAUUGUCUUAUGCUAAAGCUCAGUGCGAAAAAAAUCUGGAAAAAUUUGGAUGGAAUGGUAACUAUUCAAGUGAUGUGGACCUAAGUCUAAUAGAAAUUUUAAAUACUAGUUUGGGCAGGCGUUACUUAACACUGUUUUUAGAACCAUUGAAAGCCAGCGCUUUAGUAGGUUUUUAUAUGGCCGUCGAGGAAAUAAAACAAGCACCAAAAUCACUAGUUCAUCAAUUAGGAACAGAAAUCUUUUAUACUUACAUACGUGUGCCGAAACCUGAAAUUCAAAUUGACAAACAAGAGCGCAAACUAAUAGAAAAUUUCUUGCUGGGUGAUUCCGGGCCAGAUAUAUUCUUCGAGAUACAAAAACAUGUAAUAAAAACUCUCGAAGAUAAAUAUUAUCAGCCGUUUGUAUUAAGUGAACAAUAUCGUCUAUUAAAGGAUGCUUUAGACGGUGAAGAGUACAAAGAUCCCACCUUACUAUUUACAACAUUAAGUGAUAAUAAUUUAGUAGAUGUUGCACCAUCUGUUUUAGAGAACGUAGGAGCUGCACCAGCCGGAACAAUUGACGUAGUUGCUCAUACAACAUAUGCACGUAAAAAACUUGCUGAAAUACAGGAAAGAAUUGAUAAGAAAAAUCAAGCUUUAGAAGCUUUAAAAUACUCUGUUAAGCCAGAUUCAAAAGUUCUAAAAGUAUUGGAAAAAGAAAUGGAAUGGCUGAGAGGAGUAAAACGGCAAACGGAAGCUCAUUUAAGUCGUACUGAUGCUUGGACGGAGCAUUUGGGUAAAUGGAAAGCCACUAUACAAACAGCAGAAUUCCACAUGCAGGCAUCAGAUGAAAAAGAAUCUCUGCAAUUCAUGAUCUUAGUGCAUGUGGACGAAGAUAUUAAUUUUCCUACAGGCCACAGAACGAGUGCUGGUAAACCAGAAGCACGCCCUGGUAGCAUUUCUAGUGGUUGGGUAGUUAUGAGAACUUUAAAUCAUGUUCAUGAAUUGCAACGUAAACUUCGACAUGUUAGUUCAAAUUUAAAAUCAUUCGAUUUACCUACAAAUUUUAAAUUUUUUUUUCUCAAAAACGAUAAACAUACUUUGGACAAAGCCAAACAACAAACUCAGAAGUUUUUAAAUAUUAUUUUGGAAGAUGAUCAUUUAAAUGGGAGCGAAGCGAUCUAUACAUUUUUAAGUCCUACUUCCGACCACUUGAAGCAAACUCUACCGUCACCAAAAAAAUCGAAAUUUUCGCUAGCGACGCUGUUUAAAAGCGAUAAUAUUAAAGCGUCUGAACUACAACAAAAAUCAGCAGACACGCUAUGGGGCUUACAACGAGAUGAUGAAGAUAUGUCUACCUAUCUGGAUGGUGAUACGACUACUGAUAGUAAAAUAUGGGCUGAUUUGGAUAGUAAAGACUCUAUAGCUGAGCCAUUAUAUGCUUUAAUGGGUGAAAUUUUUGACAUGGGUGGCGUUUUCAAGUGGUUACGUAAAAGCUUAAUAUCGUUUGUACAAAUCACUUAUGGUAGAACGAUAAAUAGACAAAUUCGUGAAUCCGUUUCUUAUCUUUUCGAAGAAUCUAUGUUGCAUUAUUAUUUUUCAGCUAUUUUAAAGUCAUUUUGGCCGGGUGGUGUAUUGGCCUCAGCCUAUCCAGUGCGGUCCGAUGAUAUGAAAGAAAUGACUACCAAUGCUGCUAAAGCUUUGCUAAUGGAUAAUAUACCCGAAGUUUUAUGCAAUUUGGUCGGUGCUCAGGCUGCCAAAAAGGGUAUACUGAAGGUUUUCGAUGCUCUUCAAAAUCCUACAUACAAUAAACAAUUAUUUUAUGAAUUACUGGAAAUUUUAAUGAUGGAAUUUUUUCCAGAAAUCAAACAAUUAAAAAUGCAAACACGUUUAACGGCAACGAAUAAUAGUACUAGCAGUACCAGUAUUGGACCGUCGAACAAUAAAUUGCAAAGCCAUACGAAUGGCAACAGUCAGCAGUGUGUACAACAGCAAUCAUCACAACAGCAAUAUAAUUAUUCGCACCAUUUACAACAAACGGGAAAAUAAUUUCACAUAGAUGGUGAUAAAUUCUAGGCAAGCACACCAAAAGACACGGAAAGGCUCAAUGUUGUAGUUUUGAUACAAAGGAUUUUCUUCAUUUUUUAAGAGGAAAUAUACAACACUUAAAAGCAACUGAAAGAUUACAAGCAAAUCUUAACUAUUGAAUGUGAUGUUUUUCGAAUUAUAUGUAAACGAUAUUUUUCUCUUAUUUAUCUUCUUUAUUAAUUUAAGAAUUAUGAUUAUGUACUUCUUCUGCUUUUAUUGUAAUAAUCGAUAUGGCCAGUUAAGUAGGAUUUUUUUUUUUUUUUUUUUUUUUUUUUUUUUUUUUUUUUUUUUUUUUACUUUUAAAU